UAAGCAAUGCCAGUGCGCCUCUCAAGCGCACGAAGUCUGAAUAACAAGUGGAUCGACUGUCCGCCGCUCCAUCAUCCUCAGCAUCCCCAGCACUCUCGGCAUGCCCUGCGGCCGCCCCGCAGGCCACCGAGUCCGACUCCGCCUUCGCCAAAACUCCAGCUCCAGCCCCACUCGCCGAUUCCUGUGUUCCAGCCAGUGCUCCUCCUAGUGCUCCUGCUCAUCCUCGGACCUGUCCCGGCCCGAUGCAAGGACGAGAACUGCACCUUCCUUGAGGGAUACAUCCUGCAGUUCGUCUGCCACGGUACCUACGUUGAGGAGAUGCGGCUGCAGUACAAGGACCGCAUCCCAGCCAUCGGGACGCCGUACGCCAUCUGGAAGCGGUCCGACACCCACGACCCGUCCUACCUGCUCAUCUCCUUCUACGACUCCCAGCUCUUCAACUGCUACACGGUGGUCAUGAACAGCGGCAAGUUUUACUGCGAUGGGCGCAACUUCAUCGAGCCGAACACGGAGGCCGCUCGGCUGCACUGCAUCAACUUCCCGUUCCACUAUACCACACACCUGUACGAUGCGUGUGCCAAGAAGCCGAGCACGGAGGGAUCGCCGCCCAUCUCGGUGGCCAUCGCCUACAUGAAGGACAACAUCAGGAGGACGGACGAGGCAGGACCUCGCAUACAAUGCCCCGCGGUUGUGCCCCUCCUUGUGACCACGAUCCCCUUUCUGCUAUCGCGAUAUUUUGGUAUUUUACUAUGUCAAUAAAAUGGUUCCGAAUA